AUGGCGGCCGUGUCGGUGGAACUGCGGCAGGAGCGGCGUCUGGUGUGUGUGGAGUACCCAGGCGUGGUGCAGGACGUGUCUAAGAUGCUGCAGACCUUGGGUGGAGAGGAAGGAGUUUCCCGGAUAUAUGCAGAUUCAGCCAAAAGGUUGGAGCUGUACUUCCGCCCCAAGGAUCCAUACUGCCACCCUGUGUGUGCUAACCGUUUCCCUACCAGCAGCUUACUGUUUAAGAUCAAGAAGAAGACAAGACGGAAGAGAGCAGAGGAUGGAGGAGUGACUACUGUAGAAGUCAAGUUUGACACAGAAAUUUUGGGCAUCGUUACAACUGUUUACAAAUUUCAAGGGAUGUCAGAUUUCCAGUACCUGGCAGUCCAUACAGAAGCAGGCAACAGAAACACUUCUAUGUAUGACAAAGUUCUUAUGCUCAAACCAGAAAAGGAAGAAUUCUUCAACCAGGAAUUACCUCUCUAUAUCCCCCCACCAAUUUUCUCUCGCCUAGACACCCCAGUGGAUUAUUUCUACCGGCCAGAAACACAGCAUCGGGAAGGCUACAAUAAUCCACCUGUCUCUGGUGAGAACCUGAUUGGCCUGAGCAGAGCCCGGCGUCCCCACAAUGCCAUCUUUGUGAACUUCGAAGAUGAUGAAGUGCCCAUGAAGCCCCUGGAGGCUGCUGUACAGACCUGGAAAAGGCUCUGCACCAAUCCUAUUGACAGGAAGAUGGAGGAGGAGCUAAGAAAGCUAUUUGACAUUCGUCCCAUCUGGUCUCGUAAUGCUGUCAAAGCCAACAUCAGUGUCCACCCAGAUAAACUCAAGGUCUUACUUCCCUAUGUGGCUUAUUAUAUGAUUACAGGUCCCUGGAGGAGUUUGUGGAUUCGGUAUGGAUAUGAUCCCAGAAAGAACCCAGAGGCUAAAAUUUAUCAAGUCCUGGAUUUCCGGAUUCGCUGUGGAAUGAAAUAUGGCUAUGCCCCCAAUGACAUGCCUGUCAAAGCAAAACGCAGCACCUACAAUUAUAGCCUCCCCAUCACAGUCAAAAAGACACCCAGCCAGUUGGUCACCAUGCAUGACCUGAAGCAUGGACUAGGCACUUCGGGGACAGGGGGUAGCAAGAAAUCAGCCUCCAACAAAUACAAACUCAAGGACUCCGUCUAUGUCUUCCGGGAGGGGGCCCUGCCACCAUAUCGGCAGAUGUUCUAUCAGCUCUGUGAUUUAAAUGUGGAAGGGUUACAGAAGAUCAUCCACCGUAAUGAUGGGAUGGAGACUGAGUGUACAGAGCGUGAUGGUUGGUGUCUUCAGAAGACUAGUGAUGACCUAAGGGACACCAUGUCCUUGAUGAUCAGGCAGAUCAUUCGCUCCAAGAGGCCCGCGUUGUUUUCAAGUGCUGCUAAAAAUGAAGGUGGAAAAGAGCAGUUAACAUAUGAAUCUGGGGAGGAUGAGGAUGAUGAUGAAGAAGAAGAAGAGGAAGAGGAAGAAGAGGAGGAAGAGGAAGAAGAAGAAGAAGAGGACUUCAAGCCCUCUGAUGGGAGUGAGAAUGAAAUGGAGACCGAGAUUUUGGACUAUGUGUAAUGCAGGGAGAGCCUAGCCUAUAGGCCCCCUAACUUACACUGGGUAUUGCUAGACUCUUGGCUUGAAAAGGGAGUUAACAGCCUCUGCUCCCUCCCUUCCCAGCAAAGACCAGCAGAUGACAUUUGCAGGGACUCUCACUAGAUGUAGUUCCCAUUCAGCCACGGUCUUCUGGGACUGUACUAGUUUGUCUACUCUGGACUGUCUCAAGUACUGAAUAAUAUCCCAGAUUACCUGCUGAACCUUUCAUUCCUGGACCCUAAGAAAUCCCCUUCCCCUCACUAGCUUUAGUUAGACCCUGCCAUUAGACUAUCUUUGCUGUCAUUAUCCAGGUGUCAGAUAUGAAGGUUUGUUGUGUAUAUGCAUUCACUAUUUCAGAUACCCUUGUGGCUCUUAGUAAAUAUUGUGAGGUGGAGAUGGUCUAGUCAUUGGAGUUCCAUGAGACAAUAAAAGGUCAGAUCAUCCUAUUUGUGGGUUGCGCAGUAACAGACCAUGACAAAUAGUCCAGCAGUGACUUGGCCCUUGAGCUUGGAUUGGCACCUUAGGUGGGUAAGACCAAGGUAAUAUGGACAGUAAGUACCUCAUAGGGGUCUAGGACCUUCCAGCAGCUGUUGGGUUUGGGUUUGGCCAGUUUUGUGUAAUUCCUACCGGGAUUAGCUCUGCCUAGAACACACUUUCUUAAUGGAAGUUUUCUUUAAUAAAUGAUUUUUCCAAAGGA